AUGGCAAAGCCAAAGCGAUCGGAGUCAGAGGAGCAACAGGCUCCAGCGGAGGUUGAGGAGGAGGAGGAAGUGGACCCAGAAGGAGAAGAGGAAGAAGAGGAAAACGACGACGAGGUAGAGGAGGAGGAGGAGGAGCAGGAGGAGACCCCAGCAGCCGAGCCCAGUAAGCCAAGACCGGGGAUCCUGAAGUCGGGAGGAAAGCCAGGGGGGAAGGCUGUUGCAAAGGCGAAAAGCAAAGCAAAGGCCAAGACAGCACCCAAAGCCAAGGCCAAGGCCGACCCCAAGGCCAAGGCCGACCCCAAGGCGAAGGCCGACCCCAAGAAGAAGACCAACCCCAAAGACAACAAGGCCAACCCCAAAGCGAAGGCCGAGCCCAAAGACAACAAGGCCAGCCCCAAAGCGAAGGCCGACCCCAAAGCGAAGGCCGACCCGAAGCCAAAGACCAUCACAAGGAAGCGAAGCAUGGCAGAGGCCUUGACCGGCGACUGGAUCAAUGGGCUUGAGCCUGAGGCGUCCGGCGAGACUCCAGCAGAAGAGCCGGAGGAAAGCGAAGCUGGGCCGAAUCGACGAGACCGCAGCAAGCAACACAAGUUCAACGUGUUGCUCGCAGCAGGAGCAGUGCCAGAGAAGAUGAAGACGGAGUGGGAGGCUUUGAGUGCCGGCGGCAACGGCAAGAGGAAGAACCUGACGAAGUUUAUCGAGGACUCAGUGAGUCGUGACCCCGAGACAGGGAAGCUUGCCCUCGCCUGCGAAGCCGCAGAAGGGACGGGGGAAAGCAGUCUGGAGAAGAAGCAGUCCACUGGGUGGGGAGACAAGGGAUUGCCGAGAACGCUCUUUAAAGGGCGCUUUGGGUUGUCGGAUGAGCAGCUCAGGGCCGCGAUCUUGAAUGAUGAAGUUUCCGUUGUCACCCAAGACAACGUGGUGUUCUGUCAAUGGCGAACCUUGAAGUCCACUUCGAUGGACGAGCGAAGGAACGUGGCAAACAUCAAGUCCGAGGCUCUGAGACCUCAGAAACGCCGCUGGCUCAUCCCGGCGAUGCAAGCCAUCGAGGACAAGAAGGAGGAGCCUGCCGUGCCAGCGGCCUUGUCAGAGGCCGAGUGGUCGAAAGCGGAUGCAAGCAAGCUGAGCGACAAGAUCAAGCAGAACAAAGACGACCCCCUCCUCGCGAAAAUGAAGGCCACCAUCCAAACUCUGACGGACAAGAAAGCUUUGCUGGAGCAUGUGCGCCAGCUGUGCAGCCAAGUGGUCGAGGAGAUCACUGGCUGGAGUGGCCAGUUGAAGGAUAUGAUUUCGAUCCCCGCAGUCCCGAGGGACAGCGAGCUGGCCAAUACCUCACGGACGGCUAUAGAGCUGUCUUGGUGGCUAGCUGUGGAGACCUGGACUACAUGGCACAGUUCCAGGGCCUUCCCCGGUGGAAUUCCAAUUCCCCUUGUUGCUUGUGCCAGUGCCAGAAGAAAGGACCGCAGUUGGCACUGCUUUGCGGAGGAUGCCGCAUGGAGGACAACUCUGUGGACCCCUGCUGCUUGGAAAGCAUGGCCGAGCCGAAGCAUGAACAGGAUGUUCCAGAAGGACCUCUGCUCUGUGCUGGUGGUCCAUUUUGACCUGAUGCAUUGCCGGUACCUUGGCUAUCUCCAGCAGCUCUAUGGAUCGGUUUUUUGGGUCCUCUGUGAGGAGACGAUGCAGGGGAGUCCAAGCGACAAUCUGCAUGAACUCUGGGGUUUUCUGAAGACAUACCAAUCCACCCACAAGGUGCACAGCCCGUACUCCCAGAGGCUGAACAAGGUCAGCAUGUACAAGAAGAAGACCGACUUUCCGAAGCUUCGUGGAAAAGCGGCGGAGAUCAAGGACAUGGCAGCAGCCGUGCGGGCAAUGUGGGGUCAUUUUGGUGUUCCUGGUCAGGACUUCCAAGAGAUUGGGUUACUCUUGGAUUUGACAUGCAAGUUCGAGGAGAUACUGGAGGAAUGGCCCAUUGCAGACGGCUAUUUCUGCCUUCCUGCCGAAGCUGCAGACAGACUGAAGACGAACUUUCGGGACUUCGCAUGUUUGUAUGUCAUGGUCGGGGAUCGCUUUCGCAGCGAAGAUCGUCGGGCCUUCAAUCCUACGGAAAAGAUUCUCUUCUUCCGGAACAAUGCAUGUUUUUCACAUUUGUGGCUUUUAUAA